AUGUGCGAACAAUUUUUGGGAACUUGGAAGCUUGUUUCCACUGAAAAAUUUGAUGACUAUAUGAAAGAACUUGGUGUGGGCUUUGCCACCAGGAAGGUGGCUGGUGUUGCCAAGCCCAAUGUGAUCAUCAGUUGCAAAGGAGAUGUUAUAACCAUCAAAACAGAGAGCAUUUUAAAGAACACUGAGAUUUCCUUCAAACUGGGGGAACAGUUUGAUGAGACCACAGCAGAUGACAGGAAAGUAAAGAGUGUUGUGACAUUAGACAAUGGGUCGCUCAGUCAGUUGCAGAAAUGGGAUGGAAAAGAGACCACAAUAAAAAGAAAAACAGAAGAUGGAAAGCUGGUUGUGGAGUGUGAAAUGAACAAUGUUAUCUGCACCAGAGUGUAUGAGAAAGCAUGA